AUGGCCUUCUGGAGCUCCCCAGUGGAGUACUUAGAUCAGACUGUGCCCGGAUAUCCACCACACCUCCGUGAGUGCGCCAAGGCUAGCCCUGUCCUCUAGGGUAUGGAGAGGAAGAACUCAGGGUGCUGUGGGGCCCCAAAGAAGCUGGGGCUGUCCUUCUCCAUCGAGGAGAUCUUAAAGAGGCCCACAGAGAAAAGCCAUGUGGUCAGGCCGGAAGGGGCAGGUGGACAGGGCACCAGACAAGCAGCAGCUCCAAGCUCCGGGCCGGAGGGGCCCCUGAAGGCCCAGCCCCAGGAGGAAAGAAAGAGCAAGCGGAGAGUCCGAACCACCUUCACCACCGAGCAGCUGCACGAGCUGGAGAAGAUCUUUCACUUCACCCACUACCCAGACGUCCACAUCCGCAACCAGCUGGCAGCCAGGAUCAAACUCCCAGAAGCUCGGGUGCAGAUCUGGUUCCAGAACCAGCGCGCUAAGUGGAGGAAGCAGAAGUCCGGCAGCCCUGGGGCCCCGAAGCAGCUAAAUGAGGCCGGCUUGGCCCUGACCACGUACCUGGACGUGGUGGGCCCCAUGAGGUCGCCCUCUGCUCUGCCCAGGCUGGCUCCUCCCAUGGGCUGUUAUCCACCGGCUCCAGGCCAGCCGGCGUCUGCGUGGUUCCCUGGCCAGACCACCCUCCUCCCGUGCCACCUGUGGGAGACACAGCCUCUCCCAGGCCCUCUCAUCCAGCACACCUGCUUCCCUGCACUGUGCUUCCUUCCACCUGCCAACCCCAAAUGGGGCAGCCCCUGUGCCACGUCGACGUAG